UGUGUUAUUUUUCAUGUUUUUCACGUGUUCAUCUGGUCGUCUUGGACAACAGUGACAAUGCUACUCCAGAAUCGAGCUGUGAUUGCCCUUGGUCUUCGCAUUUGCUCCACAAAUGUGCUGAAAGGACCUUUGAUGGACACAGCAAGACCCAACUCAGACAUGUCUGAAUUCCGCAAGGUUUUUUCCAAAGCCAAGCACAUAGCAAUCAUCACAGGGGCAGGUGUGAGUGCAGAGAGUGGAGUACCAACCUUCAGGGGAGAACAUGAGAAGUGGAGGAAGUGGCAAUCUCAGGACCUGGCGUCCCCAGAGGCCUUCUCUCGAACACCGUCCCGGGUCUGGGAGUUUUACCAUUACAGGAGAGAGCUGGCUUUGAACAGGAAGCCCAGUGCUGCCCAUCUGGCUAUAGCCGAGUGUGAGGCCCGGCUGAAGAAGCAGGGGCGCUCGGUGGUGGUCAUCACCCAGUGCACCGACGACCUGCACCGACAGGCCGGGUCCAAACAUCUGCUCAAGAUUCAUGGCAGUCUUAUGGAGACGCGCUGUGUGAGUUGUGGACACGUGGCUGUCAACAAGCGGAGCCCCAUAUGUGCUGCCCUAAAGGACAAAGGCGCACCUGACGCAGAUGUUGCCGAUGCCCAGAUUCCUGUGGAUAAACUACCAAGGUGUGGCGAAAGAGACUGCCGCGGUCUUCUGAGACCCAACGUGGUGUUUUUUGGAGAAACCAUGGACUCUCAUAUCCUGACCAAGGUGGAAGAACAGAUGGAAACCUGUGAUCUCUGUCUGGUGGUGGGCACAUCUUCCAUUGUUUACCCAGCAGCCAUGUUUGGGCCCCAGAUUGCAUCAAGGGGCGUCCCAGUGGCGGAAUUUAACACCAAUACAACUCCAAAAACGGAGUACUUCACGUUCCACUUCCAGGGUCCAUGUGGAACAACGCUUCCCCAGGCUUUGGCGCAACAUGAAUCGGAGAGUAUUUAAGUUUGUAAAAAUAAUUACUUUACAAACGGUAACCAGCGGCUUCUUCUACAUACUAAUGCAAUCAAAGGCUCGAUGGGUGGUGCAUAGCAUUAUUUUAUUCAAAUGUUUGCCUUACAAUAAGUUGUUUAUGCUUGGUAGAUGGAGGGUUAAGCUUAGAAUGUAGCUUGUUUAAACUUGUAGAUGGAUAUCUUAAUACUUGAAUAUACUGUAUAGCUGGAUAAACUGGAAAUGGGGUUUUGUAUGUUUGAUAUAUUUACUGCUUUUGAGUUAGGCAGGAGCUAUGCAGUUUGGUAUACCAUAGGGAAUGCACUAUGUGUAGUUAUUUGCAUUGGAUAUUGUAUCCUGAGAUAUUAGAGGGUAUUACUAUUCCUAUAUAAUGUUGCGUAUAAGAAUAUUCAUUUUUUCUCUACUGAACAGAUGUAUGUAGUAAAAUAAUCUUGUGCCUUUCAAAGCUGUUUACACAACCUUGACCAAAGGCUUGCUUUAAACCUUACGUGCAAAUCAACCAAUGUUACAGUUCCAGAGUUUGCUUUGACCAAGGACAGAGAAGGUAGAGAGGGGGAAAUGUUCUCUGUUCAAUCCUAGCCUGAUGCCGCAUAAACUCCUUCUCAUGCUGUUUGAAGGUUUUGUAGGAAAUCAAUAGGUACAUGUCAUGGGUUAUUCAAAAAUAGAUCGUUUUUUUCUUUUUCAAAUAUAUGUUUAACUGUAGAUGGAAAUUGUAUAAAAAUGAAAGCAAUCACAUAUUUGAUAACCCUGCCUUUAAACAUCACGCACAAUUCCUUGAUGUUGAUGAAAACUUCCAAUGCAAUAAUAGAGAAUGUUAUUAUUAAAACACUAAAUGUA